AUCUACCAAAAAAAGGCUUUAGGCCAAACAGAAAAACGACCUAAAGCCAUGUUUAAAGCUUAGCAGUUCUCCAUAUAUAUAUUUAUAUUUAAAUAUAUAAAAAGAUUACCCCUUUAAAAAAAAAAAAGUAUAAUAUAAAUUGUUUUCUUUGGGGGAAAAAAAGGGGUAAUCAAAGAAAAUGGAGACGGCUAGGCUUUUCAAAUUAGUGUGUUUGAUUUGUAUUGCCAGUUUGAUUCCGACCAUACGAGCCAAUGUUGCGGAGACCGAUGAGUAUUGGGUUAAAAAGGCCAAUGAAGCUCGUAAACGCACCCUUAUGGCUUAUCAUUCCGAUCCUUAUGCGAUCGUCGACCACUUCCACGAGCGUCAUUACGACAACUCUACUGACGUUGAGGGGACGGAAGGAGACGAGCCAGAAGAGGACCUCAUCGAGAUGAUGUCUAAUCCGAGCAACAGCACAAGGCGGAGUCUAAGCGGUAAACGUAGAGGAAGAGGAAAAUGGAGUAAGCUGAAGGGACCUUGCACCGCAAGCAACCCGAUCGAUAAAUGCUGGCGUUGCCAGCGCGAUUGGGCCAAGCGUCGCAAGAAGCUCGUCCACUGUGUCCGUGGGUUCGGACACAAGACCACAGGAGGCAAACGCGGAAGAAUCUACGUUGUCACAAGCAACAGAGACGAUGAUGUGGUGAACCCUAGACCCGGAACACUGCGUCACGCAGUGAUUCAGAAAGAACCGCUCUGGAUCAUUUUCAAGCACGACAUGAGCAUUAGGUUGAACCAAGAGCUGAUGAUUAACAGUCACAAGACGAUCGAUGCUCGCGGUGCUAACGUGCACAUCGCGUACGGUGCCGGGAUCACGAUGCAGUACGUGCAUAAUAUCAUCAUCCAUGGGCUUCACGUCCAUCACAUAUUCUCCAGCAGUGGCGGUAUGAUAAGAGACUCGAUUGACCACUUUGGGCAAAGAGGAAAGGCUGAUGGAGACGGGAUCUCUAUCUUUGGAGCAACUAACAUCUGGCUUGACCACAUUUCCAUGUCUAAAUGCCAGGAUGGUCUCAUCGACGCUAUCAUGGGCUCCACCGGGAUCACCAUCUCUAACUCUCAUUUCACCCACCACAACGAUGUGAUGUUGCUUGGGGCGCAAGACCACAACCAAGAUGACAAGAAGAUGCAAGUCACAGUGGCUUACAACCAUUUUGGAAAAGGGCUUGUGCAGAGGAUGCCGAGGAUCCGGUGGGGUUUCGUCCAUGUUGUCAACAAUGACUACACUCACUGGGAGCUUUACGCUAUCGGCGGUAGCCAAGGUCCUACCAUUCUCAGCCACGGAAACCGUUUCAUCGCUCCACCUCACAAGCCUCAUUACAGAGAGGUGACAAAGAGGGAUUAUGCUUCAGAAGGCGAGUGGAAAAACUGGAACUGGAGAUCCGAAAAAGAUUUCUUCCUGAACGGAGCAUAUUUCAGACAAUCUGGAAAUCCAAAGUUCAAGUGUUCACACACAAGACAACAGAUGAUCAAACCCAAACAUGGUGUGGCCGUUUCAAAGCUUACCAAAUACGCCGGAGCAUUGGAUUGCCGGGUCGGAAAACCAUGCUAAUUAUAUAACUCACUAUUACAUUUUCUCUUGUAUCUAGGCCAGGCCAGGGACUUAACGAAAAUAUUAAAAAUUAUGGGGUGAAAAUUGGAACUAAGUCUAAUUUAUGAGGUUUUUUUUGUGUGUAAAGAAUGAAAAUGCCAACGGCUGGAUACUUUGUAUUUCUCUAUUAUGUUUUGUA